AUGAGGAAUCCCCUUCCUCCGCUUCACCGUCCGGUAGCUGACGGCCGUCGGAGGCGGCGUCGACGGCGUGAAGCUCGGCCGCCGCCCAUCGGAGCUGCUGCAGCUGCUGCUGCUCGUCGACUCGCCGGAAUCCGCCGCCCUUUUCUUCUCCGGCGACUGUGUCCUCCGGCCGAAGCUCUUGGAAGUCCCAACAAUCUAUACAAUCAAUCAAGAUCGAACUUCGCACGUGUUGGUGACGCCCUUUCCAGGCCUCGGCUGAGGACGCUCGUUGAGGAAGACAACCUUUGCACUGUUGAUGAUGUACGUCUGGACACAGCUGAUAUCAAGAUACUUUUGAAUUUCCGAAACUCUUAUCACGUCGUGGUAAGAUGA